GGCGGCAGCGACCAUGGCGUCCUCCUCAUCCAGCAUCCCUCUGAAGACGUUCUCGCUCGAAAAUGACAUCAAGGAGCUCAGCGCGCAGGACGAUAUCUUCAGAUACGAUCAAGUAGAGAACAAGCGGAUAAACGUCGAGAGGCCUUGGGCACGCGACCCACACUACUUCAAAGUGUGCAAGAUUUCGGCUGUGGCACUCAUCAAGAUGGCCAUUCACGCAAGAUCGGGUGUUCCAUAUGAGAUCAUGGGCAUCAUGCAGGGCAAGGUGCAAGGGAACGCACUCGUCAUUAUCGACUCGUUCGCGCUGCCCGUACAAGGCACGGAAACGCGCGUCAACGCAGCGAACGAGGCGAACGAGUACAUGGUCCAAUAUGUCGAGGGCAGCGAACGGGUAUCACGCCUCGAGAACGCGAUCGGCUGGUAUCACUCCCACCCGGGGUACGGCUGCUGGCUCUCGGGCAUCGACGUGAACACGCAGAUGCAGAACCAGAAGUUCCAAGACCCGUUCGUCGCGGUCGUCAUCGACCCGAACCGCACGAUCUCGGCGGGCAAGGUUGACAUCGGCGCGUUCCGCACGUACCCGGAGGGGUACUCGCCCCCGGACGCCGGCAGCAGCGAGUACCAAAGCAUCCCUCUGAACAAGAUCGAGGACUUCGGCGUGCACGCGAACCAGUACUACCCGCUCGAGGUGCAGAUCUUCAAAUCCACACUGGAUUCGGAGCUUCUGGGCCUGCUAUGGAAUAAGUACUGGGUGAACACGCUCAGCCAGAGCGCGCUCAUUUCGAAUCGAGCAUACGCAGCGUCGCAGCUUGCAGACCUGCACCAGAAGCUGACCAAGGCACAAACCUCAGUUCCUGGGACACGGGCGCCACAGCCGAUCCUUAUUGACGAGAAGGCCGUCAUCAAGAACAAGGAAGACAAGAAGAAGGACGAGUCCGCCCUAGCGAAAGCGGUGAAAGACAGCGACAAGAUCGCCACGGAGGCGCAACACGGUCUUAUCGCGCAAGUCCUCAAGGACGUUAUCUUCUCGUCGCGCCUCAGUGCUCCGGGCUCCACCACGAACGUCUCCGAUGCCGUCGACACAGCGAUGGCGAUCGGCUGAGCGUUCCCCAGUAUCGAGUUGCAGGGAAUAGAGUCCCGGAUCUGUACGUUUUGUCUUCCCCCGAUCGAUGUAAUCAGUACCGUCGCAGCGCUGUCGUUGUCGUGCUCCUCUGCAUGUAGACUCCCAAUGUAUUCUAUCCACCC